UACAUUUGUGCCCAAGAGGCUGCCGUAGCUAUCCAUUUCUGCGCAUGCGCCUCAGCUGCCAGGGAAGCGCUCAUUCCUCAACAAUUAUGGCGGCUGUUUGGAAAAGGAGCUGUAUGCUGCCAGGAGUCGCCCGCAGCAGGUGCCUUUCUCUUUCUUUUGAACGCCUCAGCUCUAAAGAUGAAAAAUCAACAAAAUUUAAGCCACCUCCAAAACCAGUCAUUGUGGAUGAGUCAAAACUUCAUGCAACAGAAAGAAAGUUUCUCAGUCCUGAAUUCAUCCCUCCUCGGCAGAGAAUAAAUCCUUUGAAAUUCUACAUUGAAAGGAGAGACAUGGUGCAAAGGAGGAAAGUAAUGAAUAUUCCAGAAUUCUAUGCUGGAAGUAUACUUGCUGUUACUACAGCAGAUCCCUAUGCCAAUGGAAGGACCAGCACUUUCGUAGGACUUUGUGUUCAGCGAUCAGGAAGAGGACUUGGUGGAACCUUCGUACUUCGAAAUGUAAUAGAAGGACAGGGUAUUGAAAUUUGCUAUGAACUGUACAACCCUUUAAUCCAAGAAAUCAAGGUUCUGAAACUUGAGAAAAGAUUGGAUGAGAACCUGAUGUAUUUACGAGAUGCCCUUCCAGAGUACAGCACUGUUGAUGUUAACAUGAAACCUAUACCAGUUCCAUUGAAUGAAGAUGUUCCUGUUAACAAGAUGAAGGUCAAAAUGAAACCAAGACCCUGGUCGAGACGCUGGGAGCAUCCUAGGUUCAAUAUCCAAGGCAUCGAUUUUGACUUAUAUCUCCACGAAAAAGCCAAACAAAGAGUAGAAAAGUGGAAAACGCCCUGGAAUGAAUUUGAUAUGAUGAAAGAGUAUGAUACAUCAAAAAUUGAAAAGAAAAUCUGGGAAGAAGUCAACAAAGAGCUGGAGGGGAAAGUAUAGAAAUCAUGGAAAACUUUAUCUAGGAAGAUCAAUGCUGUUAAUUUUGCUUUAUUGUUUCUUCAGUGAUCAACUCUUGAAAAAUAUCCAUGUAUGUAAAGUAUAUUGAAAUAGCUGUUUCUAUGUAAGCUAUACCUAUUGACUUCAAAUAAUGACUGCUUAUUUAUAUUA